CAAGCGACUGUGGCGUAGCAGCAGAAGAGAAAUGGUUCCGGGUUUAGCGGCUCGUGAGUUUAAUGUUAUAUAUUAUUGUUACAUUUAAGCAGAGUCCUUUUGUCGCUUAUGUUUCUGAGCAUUUCUGAGAUAAUUUAAUUACUUUAUGCUCUUAAAGUCACCUGUUUCCACAGCGUUUGGUUAUGAUAGUUUAAAAUGUAUGGCAGUUGGCACGGGUGUGUUUGAAGCUAUAGGAGACGAGAACACACUGUAAAGUACACACCGCCCGGCUCUGUGUAGCAGGCUUUUUGGACGUCAUGACGCAGAGGAAGAGAGCCACACCCUCAUCACAGAGACAACAUGGCGUAUCGGCGCUUCAGGAGGAUGAGGAUGACAUUCCCUUCACACAGCCAAGUACAUCACAGGUGCAAAAGGCACUGGAAAAUGUCACACCUGCACAACUUGACCACAAGGCAUCUGAGGUUGUGCAAUAUUUCCUGGUGAAGCAGCAGAAAAAGAUUCCUGUGAGGAGAGCAGACCUAGUAAAACACGUGGUGAAAGAGUACAGGAACAUUUUCCCCGAGAUCAUGAAAAGUGCAUCAAAGACCUUGGACCAGGUUUUUGGCCUGAAGCUGGUUGAAAUUGACAAUAAAAAUCACCUGUACAUUCUCAUCAGUAAGUUGGAGAACGUGGAUGGACCACACACCAGUGUCUCCAGUCCAAAAGUUGGUCUGUUGUUUGUUAUCCUAAGUGUUAUUUUCAUGAAAGGAGGAGUGGUCAGAGAAAACGUCAUCUGGAACACUCUGAAGAAACUACGUGUUGAUCCCGGAGAGAAACAUGCGGAGUUUGGAGACGUAAAGAGGCUGGUCACAGAUGAGUUUGUUCGUCAGAGGUAUUUGGAAUGUGUUCGUAUUCCUCACACAGAACCGGUUGAACACGAAUUUCACUGGGGUCAAAGAGCUGAGCUGGAAGUGUCCAAAGUCAAACUCCUGGAGUUCUUAGGUCAACUUCAUGAUCAGGAUCCUCAGUUGUGGAGCCAACAGUUCAAAGAAGCUCAUUCUUCUGUGAACCCUCCCAGCAGCUGAACAGCAGAAUCACCCAGAGAGAUGAAGAUGACGUUUUUAUUUUCAGUUAAAACACAGACAGAAUCCCCCCCUAUCUUAUUUUAUUAGGCCAAUUCAACAUUGAAAUAUCAAUCCAUCCAUCCAUCCCUUGUCAUCCACUUAUCCUUUACCCGGUCGUCGGGGCAACAAUCUCCAUGACCUUCACCCAAAUCACACUGCACCGUACCAACCUCCCUGAACCUUCCUGUGGGUGGUGAGUCCAUUCGAAGAUACCAACCACCCUAACCUAGAUUCAAACUUGCCCAGGAGGUGAACCCACACCAAAGACAGAGACAUUGCUUCUGAGCCAAAGUGCCACAACAUUGAAAUAGUUUUGAUAAAAUAAUAAAAUACUGUACACAUUUUUA